AUGUCAGUAGAGAACACAGCAAACAUUGAGCAAAGUGCAACCACCCACGGUGAGAACAAGACCGAAGAGACGGAGCAGGCCAAAGAGACGUACUCCUACGAUGUGGAGAUGACGAACCUUAUGAGCAUAAUAAUAAACAGCAUGUACUCCUCCAAGGACUACUUCUUGAGAGAGCUGAUCAGCAACUGUUCGGAUGCGUGUGACAAGCUGAAUGCGCUCAGGCAGGAUCUGAGGGACAAGGGCGUGAACGUAGAUAUGCAGUUGAAGAUGAAUGUUACGCCUACGGAUGACACGAUCACUGUGUGUGAUAACGGUAUUGGAAUGACCAAGGAUGACUUGGUUAAGUUCUUGGGAUGUGUGGCCAAUUCUGGUACACGUAAAUUUAGAGAGGCGGUUAAGAGUGCGAAGGCCUCUGUUGAUGACUUGAUCGGUCAAUUCGGGCUGGGCUUCUAUGCAUCGUUUCUUGUGGCUGACAAGGUGCAGGUUGUAACGAAGUAUCCAACGGAGGACAAGCAGUACAUGUGGACAAGCUCGGGUUUGGGGCAUUAUACGGUUGAGGAGGUGCCUGUUGACAUGGAGCACGGCACACGUGUGGUAUUGCAUAUAAAGGAGAGCUGUAGAGAGUUUGUGAAGAAGGAGAAGGUUAAAGAGCUGAUCAAGAAGUACUCUAUGUUUAUCGGCUAUCCAAUUAUACUCAGGACUUUGGAAGAGAAGGAGGUUGAGGAAGAGACGGGCGAAGGGGUAGAUAAGGAGACUGGUGAGAAGGUAACAGACGAGGAAGUAGAUAAGGAAACGGGCGAAAAAGUGAAUGAGGAAACGGACGGGAAAGUGAAUGAGGAAACGGACGAGAAAGUAGAUAAGGAAACGGGCGAAAAGGUUAUCGACAAGGUCACAGAUGAAGAGACUGGUGAGGAAGUAGAUAAGGAAACGGGCGAAAAGGUUAUCGACAAAGUCACAGAUGAAGAGACUGGUGAGAAAGUUGAUCAGGAAACGGGCGAGAAAGUCGAUCAGGAAACGGGCGAGAAGGAACACAAGGAGAAGGUAAAGAAAAUGGUGAAGGAAUGGAAGGACGAGCAGAUCAACAAGGAAAAGCCGUUGUGGACGAUGAAUCCUAAAGAUGUUACCAAGGAGAUGUACACCUCGUUCUACAAGACCAUCAGUAACGACUGGGAUGACUAUUUGGCCGUUAAACACAGCCAUUUGGAGGGUAGCAUUUCGUUUGAUGUGCUCCUUUUCGCUCCAAAGAGACCGAAGUUUAACAUGUUCAGCGAUAAGGGCGCGAAGAAGCACCAAGUACGUUUGUACUGCAACAGCGUGUUUGUUACCGAUGAAUUAGACCUGCCCGAUUGGAUGCACUGCGUUGUGGGUGUGAUCAGCAGCCGGGAUCUGCCAAUGAACGUGAGCAGAGAGUUCUUGCAGGGAAAGAAUACGAAGAAACUGAUAAAGAAGACGCUAACGAAGAAGACGGUCGAGCUGUUGAAGGAGAUGAACAAGGAGACGUACGAUCAGUUCUAUGGCGAGUUCAGCAGCGCUAUCAAGCUGGCGGUGCGUGACGACAACGAGCAAGCGCUUGAGCCGUUGCUCAGGUUCAACACGAGCAAGAGGGAGAGCAUAGGACUGGAUGAGUACGUAAAGGAUAUGAAGGAGGGGCAGAAUAAGAUUUAUGUAAUCACGGGCACUACGAAGGAAGAGGUGGUGAAGAGCCCGUUCCUUGAGUAUUUCAAGGAUUAUGAGGUGAUCUUCAUGAUCGAUUCGAUGGACGAGUACCUUCUACAGCGUUUUAGGUCGUACAAGGGCAACGAUGUGAUAAAGAUCAACCAGGAAGGUGUUGAAAUUCCGAAUGCUGAGGUGAGCAAGGAGAUGCAGGACGAGCUGAAGACGCUCAAGGAGAAGAUCGAGGGCGCGUUGGGUGAUACGAUUGAGCGUGUAGAGUUCCUCAAUCUUGGAGAUAAGCAUAUGUUGGUGCGAUCGCCUAAGUAUAGUAUAUCACCGGCAAUGGAGAAGAUCUUAGCGGCACAGGUGGCCAUUGACAAGAGCAACAUGUUUAUGUUCCCCAAGGGCAAGAAGAUCGUGCAGAUAAAUGUGUCGCAUCCGCUAACCUUCAAACUUAACAGCCUGGUUAAUGACGACUCUGCAUUCACGAAGCUGCUCAAUCUGCUGUUCAGGGUUGCGUGUGUGCAAUGCGGGUAUUCGUUGGAUGAUCCUGUUGGAUUUGCUGAUAUGGUUAUUGAUACUUUGCUGAGCGGGAAGGAAGAGACCAAAGUUGUUGAGGAGGAAGAAGUGCAUUAA